AUGCCCGCAGCAGAUCCCUACGUUGACUCAGGGUCGGACGACGACGCCGAUCCAGAACUGCUGGAACUGUUGCGCAAAUCCCUCGGACUGGGCAGCGAGCCUUCCAAGGGCCAACCAGCAGAGACAAAAGUGCUCGAGGGCGCACAAUACGUCUUCGACGAGGCCAUUGACGUGGCCCUGAGUCCCCAGCAGACCAAAGAGGCCGCCGAGACAAUAUGGCGGCUGGUGCAGAAGAAAGAGUACUCGACGCAGACCUGGUCGGAGCAUGAAUUGCACCCGAAGACCAAGGAUGAGAGUACGGUGGAUUUUAUUUUCACUAUGGAUCUGUUGAAUUUUAGCUUUUGGUCCGAGGAGCCUGAUGAAGCGAAGCGAUUUGCUAUUGACUAUCGUGGGAAGCGAUGGACGGGGUAUUGGAGUUUGGUGGCGGCGUUGCAGAGAGCACUUGAAGAGGACAUCCCAAUCACCGAUCCGGACUUUUGGGUGGAUGAAGCCGAAUGCACCGAGGAAGUGCUAAAGCAUGUAUUCCGAUCCGCCACAGACGAAGAGAUCCCUCUAUUCCAGGAGCGCGUACAGUGUCUGCGUGAAGCUGGAGAGGUCCUCAGUACAGAGUUCGGAGGCAGUUUCGCCAAUUGCAUCGACAGCGCCAACUACUCCGCCGCAGGGCUGGUCAACCUGCUCGCUGAAAACUUUGCCUGUUUCCGAGACGAGAUCGUCUUCCACGGCCGACGGGUACGGUUCUACAAGCGAGCUCAAAUCCUCGUAGCGGAUUUGUGGGCUUGCUUCAAUGGCGAGGACUUUGGAGAGUUCCAUGACAUUGACAAGAUUACUAUGUUUGCAGACUACCGCAUCCCCCAGAUGUUGCACCAGCUGGGCUGUCUGCGUUUCUCUCCCCCUCUGGAGAGUCACAUCCGAUCUCGAAAGCCGCUUCCCCCCGGCUCCACCUGGGAGGUUGAGUUGCGAGGCGCGAGUAUCUGGUGUGUGGAGUUGAUCAAACGCGAAAUCGAGAAACGACACCCGGAAGCCAAGAUGAAUGGGAACAGCAAGCCCGCGCAGCAAGACGAACCGCACUCUGCAACGAAGAACCCUGAAAAUAACCACACCGAGAACUCCGAAGGACAACCAGAAAACGCCGAAACGCCAAAAAAGACCUAUGGGAUCAACGCUAUCCUCAUUGACUUCUUCUUGUACGAUACGAUGAAAAACCUGGAGGCCGAACACAACGAAACCAUUCCUCACCACCGCACUCGAAGUAUUUGGUACUAA